AUGUUAUGGAGACCAUGGAAAAGUUGUUCCUCUAUACUGGGUCUUCUCAUCUACCUGCUGGAAUGUGUCACUGCCCACAUUCCUCCAUAUCCGACAGGUUCGGCCUUCUCCGCCACACGUAGCAGCAGUGUAUUGGGUGGCACUCAGCAAGCUAUAACCUUUGACCGUCUCCUGGUUAACAUUGGUGAUGACUUCAACCCAGAUACGGGUCGUUUCCGAUGCCGCAUGCCUGGCGCAUACUACUUCUCAUUCACAGUCGGAAAGUUUCCAAAAAAGAUGCUGUCGGUUAUGUUGGUGAAGAACGGGAUGGAGGUGCAGGCCAUGGCGUACAGCGGAAACCGGAACGAGGGCCGCAAAGUGCACAGUCAAAGUCUGAUGAUCAGUCUUAAGCCCAUGGACACGGUUCACCUGCUGCUACAGAAGAGCCCCAAGUAUGCCAUCUACAGCAACGUCGGACCAUACAUAGCAUUUAGCGGUUAUCUAGUCUACACAGACCCAACAUCCUCUGUGAGCUAUCUCAGUAACCACCUGUCUCCUCCAGGGCUUCAUCUUCCUGGAUGUCCUCCCUUUGUAGACCAUUAUUAUGAUUGGAGAAGAAAAGUGGCCCAUGAGGAACCACGGUCUGCUUUUUCUGUCGCCAGAACAUCGUCAACAAAGGGGGAAAGUAAGGGUCAUCGCAAAAGAGAAGCUCUUACAUUUGAUGUGGAGUAUGUGAACAUAGGGGGUCAUUUCAACAAAACAUCCGGACGCUUCACCUGCCAUUUUCCAGGCGCGUACUUCUUUGCGUUUACCGUGGGGAAGCACCCUCGUCGGGCGGUAUCUGUCAAGCUGAUGACAGGUAGUGGAGAGGUGAAGGCCAUGGUGUUUGAUGAUGACACAUCUCAGAAGAGAGAGAUGCAGAGUCAGAGUCUAAUGUUGCCACUGAGAAGAGGAGACAGUGUUUGGCUCUACAGUCAACAGGAUGAAGGCUACGCUGUUUACAGCAACCAAGGACGCUACACAACCUUCUCUGGUUUCCUCGUCUACCCUGAUGGUGAAUCCAUGGACAGAAAUUUCCUGAGACCCUGA